GUUGGAAAAGGCGGGGCAGAAGAUCCAUUUAAGAAAUCUCCCAUUUAGCUAGAGGCCAAUCAACAACACCAAUAGCAGGAUGAAUCUGUUACCAUGCUUUGGUUCCAUGAAGAAGUACAAAAACCAAGACUACGCAAAACUAAAAAAAGACUGCAAAACGAAAGGAAAUUUAUUCAUAGAUUUGGAAUUUCCCCCAGACGACCGUUCUCUAUUCUAUAGUCAAGGGAAGUUAGCUGAUGUAGUUUGGAAAAGACCAAAGCAAAUCUGUGACAACCCCAAGUUGUUUGUGGAAGGAGCCAGUGCAGGAGAUGUCACUCAAGGUCGCCUUGGUAACUGCUGGUUUGUUGCUGCGUCCUCUUGUCUGUCGGCUAACAAAGACGUGUGGGACAGGGUGAUUCCAGAAUGGCGAGAACAAGAAUGGGAUGAAAAUGUUCCAGACAAAUAUCAGGGAAUAUUCCAUUUCCGGUUUUGGAGGUACGGAGAGUGGAUAGAUGUUGUUAUUGACGACAUGUUACCCACCAUCAACAAUCAACUUGUCUUCAUUCACUCGCAGAGUAAAAAUGAGUUUUGGAGUGCACUGCUGGAGAAAGCUUAUGCCAAGUUGUUUGGUUGCUAUGAGGCUCUGGAUGGAGGAGAACUUGGGGAGGCACUGGAGGAUUUUACUGGUGGUGUUUCUGAACAGGUUGACCUUAGAGGUCGUGACCUUGUAAACAAACCAGAGGAACGUGAGGACCUAUUUGAACGAAUGAAGAAACAAAUGGACAGAAAAUCCCUAAUGGCUGCAUCUAUACCAGCAGAGAGCAGCCAAGAGAUGGAGGCAUCUACUGAUAUUGGAUUGGUAAAGGGCCAUGCCUACGGAAUCACAGCCGUCAAAAACAUUCACCUGGAGGGGUCGGGUCUAUUUAGUUUUUUCAACAGAGAAAAGAUUCACAUGGUUCGUCUGAGGAAUCCCUGGGGAGAAAAGGAGUGGAAAGGUCCCUUCAGUGAUGGUUCUCCGGAAUGGAACAAGAUUUCGAAAGAUGAACGCAACAAGAUUGGACUUACAUUUGAGGACGAUGGAGAAUUCUGGAUGACCAUGGAGGACUUCUGUCGAUACUUUGUGCGGGCAGCGAUAUGCUGCGUAGUCAACACUUCCAUCUUUGCCUUCAGUAAAACCUGGCAUGAAGGUCUAGCCCACAGUAAGUGGGUGAAACCAAACAGGGCAGGGGGUUGUCUGAACCAUAAGGAGACUUUCCUCAACAACCCACAGUUCACUUUCGACAUUACGGAUAACGAAGAUGAGCCGAUGAUUCAGCUGGUUCAGAAAAGUACACGUGGAGCAGGUGGCAGUCGUAACAUGACCAUUGGUUUUUCCAUUGUCAAGGUGGAGGAAAACAGACGCUAUCGUAUGCAUGAUAUGAGUCAACAGGAAAUGGUCACGUCAAGCGCCUUCAGGGACAGUCGGGCAAUUUUCCUACGUCACAAGCUGACGAAAGGUCGCUAUGCUAUUGUAGCCUGUACAUUUGACCCUGAUAAUGAGUGUGACUUCCUUCUGAGGAUGUACACAAGCUCAGACAAUAAUUUCAAACCUCUGAUCUAUGAAAAGCCACAGAAAAGUUGGUGGCAAUGUUGUGGUGGUAAUGUGCAGUUAGUUACCAGGGUCAAGGUCAUGAGGGCAGAGGGACUGGAAAGACAAGAAAGGACAGGAGCUGACCCAUAUUGCGUAAUCUCAUGUGAAGGUGAAAAGGUCACUACCAAAGUCGUAGAGGACACAACAAGUCCGGAAUGGAACUCUUCUGCAAUUUUCUACCGAAAAGCAGCCCUGAAAAAACCUUUAAAGAUCCAGAUCUGGAACAGCAACAUCCUUCGAGACACCUACAUGGGCAAACAUGUGUUCACCAGCGUUGACGAGUGUCGAGACAAGAUCUCAGCUGUUGGGUUGGUACAGCGUGGGAAGCAAGGUGAUAAGGUUGCUAACGGACAGCUCUAUGUACAAAUUACACAAACAAAGAAUAUUAUGGCAGUGUAAAUACAGAUAGCUUAGUUGCUGCUGUCUUCAAAUUCAUAGCUACCUGCAGAUCUCGCUCACUUGCUUCUGACAUUUGUAAUAAAGAAGAUGAUUUUUUUUAAGAUAUGACUACGCAUAGACAACAAUUAAGGUUAAUUUUAAAAUUUUCAUAACACAAAGAAGUUCAAUAUUUUUAUCAUGGUCUUUUGGAAUAUCAAUACUUCAGUAAUAUGUAUUGAUAUUUCAAAAUCAUUUUGUUAAAUGUCAUAUAACUUUCCAAGCAUGUUUUUAAAAUAAUUUCUUUUGUAAAGAUAUCGAAUGUGUUCUGGGGUGGGCUAAAAACAGAUUAUGAAAAGUUGAUAUAUUUAAAGGUUUAAGAGGUUGAAAUUAGUGCUUGGAAUAAUGAAAUGGAAAUUGAGAAUAAUGACUUUAAAUGCCAGAAAAACAUGCCAGUAUAGUGUUUUAGAAUGUGGUCUAUCCUGUGGACAGUUUCGGUGAAAAAAAAAAAAACUUUGUGUGUUGAAUCUGUGUUUGGUGACUUAUCACCUGCUGAUAUUAAUAGUCUUUCAUAUAUAAUAGUGAUAGAUAACACACAUACUGUAUAGUUAUUAAGUUUUGCAAGGCUUAUAUUUUUUGGUUGUCCUGGGUUGGGGUAAGUUCAACAGAAUUAAAUUUGUUGAAACCUAUCCUUACAGCUUUUACUUUUAGAGAGCAUUAUUAUGAACUGUUUGCAUAUUUUGAUUAACUAAUAAGAUUUAAAAUAUGUUGAAGGUAUUUAAUUUCGUGCUGUCAUUAAAGAUAAUGAAUACAGCAAAAGGAAGUCCUCCACAAAUAUUUUAGUUAAUAUAGUUCUGCAUUGUUUCAUAAAUAUGUAUUAAACUCCUCAAGAAAACCUACUGGUAGAGAAGAUUUAAAAAAUAUUUCUACCAUGGAUCUUUAGAUUUCUCAAGCAAGUGUGAUAAGUACCUUGUUUCAUUUACCUUAAGAUUAUUAAAAUAUAGAAUAUACCUCUUUCCUGCAUUUUAGAUUUAUUUCAAUAUUUCUGUUUUUGUUUUACCGACUAAGUAAAUUUUCUUGAAUAUGCAUUGUGUAUAUAUGUUAUAAACUUUUUCCUUAUUCUUCACAAUAUGUAAAUUUUGUAAAAACAAUUUUGUUGACAUUUAAUAUCAUAUACUGUUGUAUACUGAUAUUUUUUCUUA